GCGGCACAGAUGAAGCAACAGCAACAUCUCCAGGCACGACUCGCGAGCUUUGGCUAUGCGCAGCGAGUACCGCAGGCAGGGACGGUGGGCGCGUUGUUGGCGCAGACUGGAGUUGGGAGUUAUUCGAGUAUGUUGGAUGAGCGUGAUCGGAUGGGGAUGGGUGGGAUGAAUGCUAUGCCCGGGACGGGUAUGAGCCCCGGAUGGGCAGGACGUGGCAAACCUACUCCACCAAAGGAUGUUGAGCCCCCGAGACACAGGAUUGAUGUUGCUUGUCAAAGAUGCCGUCGCAGAAAGAUCCGUUGCAGUGGUGCGGUAGGCCACCUCGAGAACAAGUGCAAUCACUGCGCCAAAGCAAACCACGUCUGCGAAUUCAUCAACCGACCACCUUCCAACCAGUCUUCACCCGCGUGCUCACAGCCAAACUCGCCCACGCAGCACCACGUAUACAUGGGCGCACAGUACGACAUGGGCGGAACUUUGAGGGGGGCUGGAGUUAAUGCUCAUAGACCGAGUUUGACGACAAACAGCUCGUCGAGUUCGGGAGGAAGCGUCGCCGGCUGGCCGAUGACGCAAGCGGGUAUGGACAAUAUUGCUACGAUUCAAGCACAGCAGGCUAGGUACCAGGCGAUGAAGAGGCUUUCUAUGCCGAAUGUUGGAAUGAUGUCCAACACCGUCUCGCAUCACGGCAGCCAUCCCUACAACUUCAACGGAGUGCCUUUGCGCAGUUACACGAUGCCUGUGCCUCCGACGCAGCCGCAUCUUGAUCAGUCUCAGCAGCAGAUGUUCGCUACGCCUGGGUACACCGGUAUCCUCCAGGAUGACUUCGCUAUGCCUACGUCUACCGGCAUGCAGCAGAAUUACUCGCAGCAGCAAAUGCCGCACCCGGCUCCGAUCGUGCCGUCUACGCAGAAUACCGACACACCUAGCCCGAGCAUGAGUGAGAGUCCGCUGGGUGGGUCUUCUUCGCCUGUGCAGACGUUUGUGGCGUCUCCUGCUACCGCGACACCGACUGGGCUGGAGGGGAAGCCUAGGCCGGGAUUGUCGACGCUUUCCUCUUUGUCGACGAUUCCGACUAUGUAUUCGAACCCUACCACCGCUGCUACGAGUACCGCUUCUUUGCACAUGCACAAGAGCGGGCUCAUCCCUACUUCUGCGGAUGGUUUGAGUUUGUUCACGCCAAACACGGAGAAGAGCAUGUUCAAAUUUCUGAAAGACAUGACGCCUUCUCCCGCAAUCGGCGCAGGGCUCGUUGACGUCACGAAGGGAGGAUUGGAGGUGCAAGCACCCGCUGCAGAGAAUGACGAGAAGCCUGCCUCCAUCGACGUCAAGAAUGAGGUGGAGGCUUAGGUAUGAGAGUGAACAAACGAAGAGUAUGUGAAGAAUAUGUGUUGAAUGUGCGACAGGCCGGUCC